GUUUGAAUCUCCGCCCGACAUAAACAUGGAUAUAAUAAUCAUCAAUAACAACCAUUCAUCAAGAAGCCAACUCCAAAUUUUCCACCGCUUACCACUUUCACACCUCUAUUUGUAGCCUUCAAGGCCUCCUCCUCUGUUCGUGAGCGAUGGCGAAAGAUUCGAGCUCGUCGUUGAACUCGCCUCUUCUUCACAUUUCUGAAGAUGGGUUGAAUUCAAAUGAUAAGAACAAUAGAAGGAAACAACAAGUAGCUGAGGAAGUAAAGAAGCAGCUAUGGCUAGCAGGGCCUUUGAUAUUGGUCAGUCUUUUACAAUAUUGUUUGCAAAUGAUUUCCGUCAUGUUUGUGGGUCAUCUUGGCGAGUUGCCUCUUUCUGGUGCUUCCAUGGCGACUUCUUUUGCAACAGUGACUGGUUUCAGCUUAUUGAUGGGGAUGGCUAGUGCUUUAGAUACAUUUUGUGGCCAAUCCAAUGGUGCUAAGCAAUAUCAUAUGCUGGGUAUUCAUAUGCAGCGAGCAAUGUUUGUUCUUUUGAUUGUGAGUAUACCUCUUGCUGUUGUUUGGGCUAACACAGGAGAGAUUCUGAAAGCACUUGGCCAAGAUGCUGAGAUAUCAAGAGAAGCUGGGAAAUAUGCUAUUUCAAUGAUUCCAAGCCUUUUUGCAUAUGGUUUACUUCAAUGUUUGAACAGAUUCUUACAGACCCAGAACGUUGUUUUUCCUAUGGUGAUGUGUUCUGGAAUAGCAGCUUUGCUUCACAUACCCAUUUGUUGGAUCUUGAUAUUCAAAGUUGGGCUUGAAAUUCGAGGAGCUGCUAUUGCUAACUCCAUCUCUUAUUGGCUUAAUGUGUUGAUGUUGAUACUUUAUGUUAAGCUUUCUUCUUCAUGUUCGAAGUCUUGGACGGGGUUUUCAGUGCAGGCGUUUCAUAACAUCCCUUACUUCCUUAAGCUUGCAAUUCCUUCAGCUUGCAUGGUUUGCUUGGAAAUGUGGUCGUUUGAGUUGAUCGUUCUUUUGUCUGGGCUUCUACCAAAUCCUAAACUAGAGACAUCAGUGCUUUCUAUCAGUCUUAAUACAGCUGCAACAGUUUGGAUGAUCCCAUUUGGUAUGAGUGGUGCAGGAAGCACCCGAGUCUCAAAUGAACUAGGAGCUGGCCAUGCAGGAGCAGCCAAGCUAGCUGGAUGUGUAGUAGUGACAAUGGCCACCAUUGAGGGGCUACUGCUUGGAACUACCUUGAUUCUUAUCCGUAAUGUUUGGGGGUAUGCUUAUAGCAACGAACCAGAAGUGAUUGAAUACGUAGCCAGCAUGCUUCCUAUAGUUGCUGUUUCCAGCUUCCUCGAUGGACUUCAAUGCGUGCUUUCAGGCAUUGCUAGAGGUUGUGGUUGGCAGAAGAUUGGUGCCUUUGUCAAUCUUGGAUCAUAUUAUAUUGUGGGAAUCCCAUCUGCAGUUUUUCUUGCUUUUCUUUUGCACAUUGGUGGACGGGGGCUGUGGUUUGGCAUCAUUUUGGCACUCAUUUUCCAAGCAUUUUCUCUUGCUAUCAUUGCUAUCCGCACAGAUUGGGACCAAGAAGCAAAGAUUGCUACAGAAAGAGUUUAUGACUCAACAAUUCCAGAGAAUGUUGUGUCAUGAAAGUAGAGUUUCUUGGUGGAGGAGCUUUGUGAUUGGUCAUCUCUUGUAUUGAACUCUACUCUCUUUUCAAAAUCAAUGAAUUGUGGAGGCCAACCCUCAUUGAUUCAUUUUUGUAGCAUGACUCUUGGGCAAUAUUAGCUGAUGGUUCUUUCACUUCAA